UUUCAUUUCUUGGAUGUUGGUGAUGUUCUGUGGUCUAACUUUGGCCCAGGAUGAUGUUAAUGAAAUAGAAACACAGUUAAGUUUUCCUGAAAUGUCAGUCUUGCUCCAAGAGCUCGGUGCUCUGAAAGAGAAAAGUGAAGCCUUGGAAACAAAGCUGGAAGAGACUGAAAACCAGGUACUGGUGCUUAAUGAGAAAGCAUCAACAAAGGUGGUUUUCAGUGCUGAAAUAGGUGGGAAUGGAGCCAUUGGACCUUACAGCACAUCAAAAACCCUGAUCUACACAAGCGUACUAGCAAAUCUGGGCAAUGCCUACAAUCAGCACACUGGUAUCUUUGUUGCACCUGUUAGAGGCAUGUACUACUUCUCCUUCUUCUAUCAUGCUGGUGGAGGAUUUCCUGUGGGUCUGGACCUCAUGAAGAACAAUCAGGUUGUUGUGCGAAGCGCUGAACACAAGUCAUCUUAUGACUUUAGUGAUAAUGGAGGCAAUGCAGCCUUUGUGGAGCUGCAGCAGGGAGACCACGUCUACGUCCAGCUGGAUGCAAACCACCAUGUUUGGGGAAGUGGCUAUUCAACGACUUUUAGUGGUUUUCUUCUGCAUCAAGUCUGA